GUGUUUUAUAUCGGCUAGAGAGUAGGAUAAACUGAAACACAUCCACGCGCGCUGGACUCAUAGUGCAUUUUUCGUGUCCUGUUUGGAGGGACACACGAUGGAAAGUCCGUUCACUCCGUCACUGACAGCAUUUUCACCUUGUUCUAUCAGUACGAAAUAUUGACUUUUAUGGAACGGGAAUUUACAGCAGUAAUCUACCACUAAGGUUAUUUGAUGACUUCAUAGUAUAAAACCACGGAGACCGAGAAAGAUUGUUGUGUUUUUAAAGCUUCUGGCAAGAAAGUUCGCGCAGUUCUGAGCAGCUCAACUGAAAGAUGCGCGCGGAUUUAUACUGCUAUGAGGUGCGGUGUACAGAACCAGGCUUUUAAAGCUUCACUGUGUUACUGUCAGUAAUUUUACCUGCUUUUUAUCAGGUACUGCCCCUAUUUAGUAAAGGUGGCUAUCUGUUGUUCGACAACUGCUUCGACCACUAACGUUUAGCAGGUUGUUCUUUGUUUCAGUGCUCGUGUCCAUCCUUAGAAAUCAGAGGUGUUGCUGUUUACCGAGUUUACCGGUGCUUCACGGGCUUCUGCGAUGCGAGAGUCGGAUUCAAGCCGUUUGACAUUUCUUUGGAAAGCCAGUCGACUGUCAAAUUGCCAUUGAAUCAAAUCGAAUGAGCCGGCACCUGGAUUGCUCGGUCGCAAGCUCACGUCCUAUUGAACACAUUAGCACCUGUCACAUCAGUUCAGCUCCUUCCCUUCAUUCUCCAUCCGGCUGUUAAACACAAAGUCCCGGUGCUCUGUUCUUCUACAAUGGAGAGCCUAAGUGAGCUUCAGAACCCUCUUCUGGAUAAGAACAGCAAGCAUAUGGUGAUGGUUGACUAUGGCUAUGGGGGAGACUUCCACAGCAACCAGUAUCAGGAGAACAUUAUAAACUACUUUGUGAAUGGUGGAAGUGGAGGAGGUGGUGGUGGUGGCGGUGGAGGUGGGGUUGCAGUUACGGGAGAAAACGACAAGGCUAGAGGCCAGCUACUGGAUGCCACCUCUCUUCACUUGGCGGUGGAGGCCUUUUACAAGCCUAACUUCAUCCUAUACAAGGACGAUGUGAGUGGCAAGGGCAAGGAUUACAAAAACGAGUGCUGUGAGACCACCUUCAUGGAGAAAAAGGACAUAGCGGUAGAGACCCCCAGUACGGAGGACCCACAGGCUAAACUGCUGGAUGAAAACGAGGUGAAAAUCCAGACAGUGUCUUACGAGGUGGAGGAAGAGGAAUACGUGGAAUAUGAGACGGAUUGCUCCAGCGACAGUGAGAGUGAGGACAACUUCAUUGUCAUCCCUCCUCGUGAUCACCUGGGCCUCGCUAUCUUCUCUAUGCUCUGUUGCUUCUGGCCUCUGGGCAUUGCUGCUUUCUACUUUUCUCAGGGGACCAGCAAAGCCGUGACCAAGGGAGACUUCCCAUUGGCUAGCAUCGCAUCUAGACGAGCCUUGUUCCUAGCCGCUCUCUCCAUCACCAUUGGGACGGGGGUCUACGUGGGCGUGGUGGUGGCCCUCAUCGCAUAUCUGUCCAAACCAGGCCACAUUUAGCACAGCCAGGAGAGGGCUACAGGACUCCAUGAUACUAAACAACCCGCACUGAACAUGUUUUUCUAAAUGUCUCAUAUCUUAUCCCUUCCCGUGGACUGGCUGUCCCCCCAAAUCAGAGAAAGGGAUGAACCAAAAGAAUAAAAUAUAAAUGUAAGCUUCACCUUGUCACACCACACUGCAUAAAACUUAACUUAGUCUAAGAGCAGUUCAGGUGAAGAAUAUAAACUACCGAAACUAGCAAUCCAAUUAACCAAACCCAAGGGAAUCUAUUCCAGAGGACAAAGGAUCAAAAGGGACAAGUGCCCUUGGAUUUGUUUUUCCCUUUCCAACUGUAUUUCGUUCCAAAACCUGAAAGAGAAUUGAAGCCGUUCUCAGUUUCUCUCACAUUACUUACUAACUCCGUUUAAACCCUGUAUAUGUGUGUGGCGCAAUUAAACCAGCACUGCUGAAUAUACCAACUGCAUUUUAUGAGCUCCAUUAAAAAGGAAAGAAUAUUGUCCAAAAUAAAACUGCUUUCUAUGUCGUAAGUGAAUGUGGAGUUCAAGCACAAACUUAAAUGCUUCUGAUCAUGUCACAGAACUACAGGACAAGAAAUAACUAUCAAAGACAACUUGGUCCACCUCUGUGAAUUGAAACUCAUCUGUGACAUUCAACGUCACUUAUACACAACCUGUAUUUCAUUCCCACUUGUUAAGGGCUCUAUGCUUUGUAUGUAAAUCCUGUCUUUUGUUUUGUCCAAAGUCCAAAUCUUCAUUUUGACCCAAGAUAAGUAAACAUGAAUGAAGAACAACAAGUGUUUAUUAUAUAUUGGUAUGGAUUUGCUCGACUUUAACAGAUUCACCUUUACUCCCAGAUGUCUGAACUGAAUAUAAAUGAAAUUACUUUACACAUGGAUGUUAUCAAUAUGUUUCCUUUCACCACCCAAAUACACCACUUAAUGUCCCUUAUGAUUAAAAAAAAAAUCUUCAGAGUUGGCAAAAUUCAAGACAGAUGGUCAGAAAUGUACGAUAUACUAUCCUCAAGUCCUAAGAUGGAUGUUUGAACAAAAAGGCAGGUUUAGUUUUCAGGUGAAAGGCACUCAGAUUGAAUCUAUUAAUAAUGUAUUGGAUGUCUCUGAGCCCACAGGCGUGGGAACGAAGGCACAGGGGAUGUUGAGCUAAAGGUCGACUAGUCUAUUUCAACAACAAUGGAGACUGAAUCUGUUGUAGUAAUCCACAUAAGAACUUCAAAACUAUGGGUUCUUCGGUGGCUAGGUAGUGAUUCGGGGCUGGACUUGAAUUCCUGUGGUACAGACCUCAUUUGGAAGCUGCUAGAAAGAAACUGGCAACAUUUUGAAGUUAGCCAAUUGUAUGUAACCUCCAAAUUGCUUCUAAUGUUUAUUUGAAAUACCCAAUACUAUUGAAUACCCAGAUUCUACACAAGUUUGCAUAUUUACAGUGAGGUAUUUUUUUUUUUUUUUUU